AAGUCCGUCGACGAGGAGAAGCCGGCAGCCGAUAGCCCCCAUACACCCCGCUAACCGAUCCCAAGUGGUCACAAACGCGUAGGGCGAAGGCGGUCCCGUCACUGGAUGGUGCCUGAUGGUGGCCGCGCUUUGCGGGUGUCAGUUCCUUUUGCGAGUUGCAUAUUCGGGUACUCUCCCGAUUAUCCUCGUCUAUCUCUCUUUAACAAAAGCCAGGUUAGCAAAAUGUCUGAGGGCAAGGAGCAUCUGUCCAUCGUCAUUUGCGGCCAUGUCGACUCCGGCAAGUCGACCACCACUGGUCGCCUGCUGUUCGAGCUCGGCGGUAUCCCCGAGCGUGAGCUGGAGAAGCUGAAGGAGGAGGCCGCUGCCCUGGGCAAGUCCUCUUUCGCCUUCGCCUUCUACAUGGACCGCGCUAAGGAGGAGCGUGAGCGUGGUGUGACCAUCGCCUGCACCACCAAGGAGUUCUUCACUGACCGCUGGCACUACACCAUCAUCGACGCCCCCGGUCACCGCGACUUCAUCAAGAACAUGAUUUCCGGUGCCGCCCAGGCCGAUGUGUGCCUGCUGAUGGUGCCCGCUGACGGUAACUUCACCACCGCCAUCCAGAAGGGUGACCACAAGGCCGGUGAGAUCCAGGGCCAGACCCGCCAGCACGCUCGCCUGAUCAACCUGCUGGGUGUCAAGCAGCUGAUUGUGGGUGUGAACAAGAUGGACUCCGACACUGCCGGCUACAAGAAGGAGCGCUACGAUGAGAUCGCCAACGAGAUGCGCCACAUGCUGGUGCGCGUGGGCUGGAAGGACGACUUCGUCAACAAGUCGGUGCCCAUCCUGCCCAUCUCCGGCUGGCUGGGUGACAACCUGAUCACCAAGUCCACCAACAUGACCUGGUACUCCGGCCAGGAGGUGGUCAACCUGAAGGGCGAGAAGAUCCAGGUGCACACCCUGCUGGACGCCCUGAACAGCUUCGUGGUCGUGCCCGAGCGCAAGACCGACGCCCCCCUGCGUCUGCCCAUCUCCGGCGCCUACAAGAUCAAGGGUGUCGGUGAUGUGCUGGCCGGCCGCGUCGAGCAGGGCGUGGUCAAGCCCGGUGAUGAGGUGAUCUUCCUGCCCACCCACACCACCGCCAACCCCUGCACCGGCAAGGUGUUCACCGUGGAGAUGCACCACAAGCGUGUGGACAAGGCCGGCCCCGGCGACAACGUCGGCAUGAACAUCAAGGGUCUGGACAAGGGCAACAUGCCCCGCACCGGUGACGUGAUGAUCCUGAAGUCGGACCAGACCCUGAAGAUCGUCAAGGACUUCACCGCCCAGAUUCAGACCCUGGACAUCCCCGGUGAGGUCAAGAAGGGCUACUCGCCCAUCGGCUUCGUGCGCUGCGGCCGCUCCGCUUGCCGCAUCAGCGGCAUCAACUGGAAGGUCGGCAAGGAGACCGGCGGCAAGAAGAUGGAGAACCCCGUCGGCCUGAAGGCCAACGAGAUGGCUGAGGUCGUCUACGAGCCCACCCAGCCCCUGAUCGUGGACUCCUUCAAGAACUGCGAGGGCCUGUCCCGCAUUGCCUUCCUGGACGGCAACACCGCCGUCAUGCUCGGCAAGGUGGUGUCGGUCACCCACAAGUAGGGAGCUAACGCUGGUGGCGACGCCGGUGAGGCGGGCACGGAGCUGGAGCGGCAGCAGCGCAUGCGGCGGCAGCAGCAGCAGGCGCCGGGUUGUAGCAGCAGCGUGCCGGCAGAGCCGAUGACGCUAGUGGCGGGGGGUCGCGGUGCGACGGAGCUGGUGGGGAGCUGGGGCUUCGGGUGGCCUAGGAUGCUAACCGCGCAAGAGGCUGUGUGCGAGGUUGCUUCGGGCUCCGGCGGGUAUGCUAGCCGGCUUGAUUGUUUCGUUGGUUGGCAGCGGGUGCGGGCUGUUGGGCGUGCUGCAAGGCGUGUCCCAGCCCCGCUCGACACGUCGUGCGUGGAGCUUCGCUGUUCCUUUGGGGCGGCUAUUGUUCGGGCAGGCGGUUGCAGGGGAGUGGGCUGGCGUGAUGGCGGCAUAAAGCCAGGGAGACCUUCACUAUGCGCCUUCACGGCAUGACGGCCUGAAAAGGCUCUCACUUCUCACUGACCUGACGCUGACUGUAAACACGACUGGUGUGACGUUGGUGUGUAGUCCACGGGCAGCCAAUGAAGGGCGGGAUGGAUGCGUCUCAGAUCCAGUACCGUAGUUGUUUGUGUAGGUUCCGGCACACCCCAAGUUGUGUGGGUGGACUACAAGCAGGAACGGGGGAAAUGUUGCGCACGCGGUAGCUGUUCCGCAGUAGCCCUCCCAAACCCCUGGCCACUAGUCCGAGAGCGUGGAACUACGUGAAAGGGGGCAUGAGAGGGCAACCGCUGCAGCCUGCAGGCACACGCUAGGCACACGCUUCAACGGCUCGAAGUAUAUGCGCCAACUUCCUGCUCUGUCGAGACCGGUAGUGCGCUUGAGCUACCGCCGACGUGUAGGACCACCGCCCCUCACUAGAGCAGAAUGUAC